GUGUAACCUUUUGCUCGGUUGGUGUGUUUGAGAAACAUAAGUUUCCAAUACAUUUUUACUUCAGUAUUGUGGCCUUAUAAUGACUAAAUGAUUGAUGAAACCCAGGACAUAUUCUUAUGAGAAAGCAUAUGAUAAACAACGCAAUAAAGGGGGAUAUCAGAAACAAUGCAGAGAUGAAAAUAGUUCUUGAACAUCUCUGCCUGUUUGCAACCAAAGACAUAGCUGUAAAUGAGGAGCUGCGGUUCGAUUACGGAGUGCCAAAUUUACCAUGGAGAAAGGCUGGUGAAGACCUUGUCAAUCACGAGGGAAACGCCAUAACAAAUGUGGAGUCACAGAAAGAUACUACUAGUUUGGCUGAUGAAGAUGUAGUCUACCAAGAUAAUAAGAGUCCGAGAACUGUGGAUUCAUGGAACAACACCUUGGCUGAUCAAGACAUGAUCCACAAAUUAGAAAAUGACGCCAGACCUGUGGAUCAGUGCCAAGCCAAAGUUGAAGCUGAUGAAGAUGUAGUCUACCAAGAUGGAAAUAGUCUGAGAACUGUGGAUUCACAGAACGAUAUGUUGGCUGAAGAGAAAGUGAGACAAGAAGCGAGGCAGGUAACUGAUAGACUUAAGGAGGAGAAGCAGCAAGAAAUGGGCCUGAGACAACUGGAGGAGGAGUGGAGACUGGUGGAGGAGGCAGAGAGGCAGAAGAAGGAGGCAGCCUCCAGGAAGCAGAGAAAGCAGGGCUCUGGGAGUGGCGGCAAGUCCUCUAGUAAGAGUCCCAGCCCUCUGUCUGCUGGUCCUGGGACCCCCCAGAAAGGACAGGAGGUCAAGACGGGGCCAGACAGGGUGACACCAGUAGGGAGAACAAUAAGCAGGUACAGAGGAGAGGCAAACACAAAGAUGAGCAACCGCCACUUUAAGUGAACAUCACGUGUAAGAUAAAGUCCACCUCCAGCACACUGCCUGUCUCCACAGUCACCCAGUCAUCUCACCAUCCACAUUCAGUGAGCGAUAACCUCGGUAACCUUGAAGUCAGUGGUCAGUCUACAAUCAGCGAGAGCGUCAUCAACACAGCCGUGUGCAUGUCUGCGUCCUCCCCUGCCCCCUUGCCGCGCUACCACAGGAGGCAAGGCUAAUACUGCCUCCUAGAUAACAGAGCAGCUCCCAGCAAGGCUCCAUUACAGCUUGAUGAAGACCUAGUCCAAGAAGAAGUGAACAUAACAACAAACGAAGAGUAACAGAACAAUGUAUUAGUCACUAGGUCAAAGGUCAAGGUCACAGUGCCAAAAAACGUAUUCACACAAUGGCUGCCACUACAACUGACAGCCCAUAUGGGGGGAAUGAAUGUUUUACAAACAGCCCUUGUUACUUUUACAGGCUGAUGAUGAUCUGGUCUAUGUGGUGGGAAGUAAAGGAUUCUUCAUGCUGUUCAAACAGUUUUUGCUCACAGAAAAUGUGGAUGAGGCACAGGUUAUAAUUGUCCAGGAUAUCAAGGAGCAGGGUAUGACACGGAUGAUAAUGAUGAUGAUGUGGGUGAUCCAGAUUGGAUUUACAAUAAAAGAAAGCACUCUCCAGACAGUGAAGACUCGGAUUAGGACUUAAAAAGGCAAACAAAGAAAAACAGAAAUAACAGUGGAAAAAAGAAGUGGACGCUGCAGGAACAACGAGUUGUGAUGAGUGAAUUUGAAAAAUUGCUAAAAGAAAACCCGUGUUUAAGUAGAAGAACUGGGGGGAAAUAUUAAAGACUUCGUUCGAAAUAAGACAAGUACAUUUAUCAAGCAUGAGGAAAAUUAAAAUGACUGAGGAAAGAACAAGAUGCUGUAGAUUUGAAUGCUGUAACUGGCAAUUUGUUUAGAUGCAUAUAUUUUUCAAAUUCCCUAAAAGUGUUUGAUUGGAAAUAAUCCAAAACUGAUGAUAUCAUAAUGUAACAGUAAACAAUAUAUAACACUUUUUAACAAACAUUUGUUGAUAAGGCUGUUUGAAAUUUUGAACUAUAAAGUUAUAUUGUGAAAAGAAUUUUGUCCGUGUUUCAUAUUCUGUAGGGAAAGUAUCGUUUUUGGCAUUCAGAAAUGGAGUAUGCUCAAUUAUUAAUUUUAAUAUAAAGUUAAGUCAUCGCAGUCUCGUUUAAGACAUUUUAUAUACAUGUUUUUUAAUUGCGGUUAUCAUUAUGCUUUAAAUAUAUCCAGCAGAAUUUCAAACCCUUUUGGGAAGAUGUUUAAAAAAGCUGUUCAAUUUAUUGUAGUAACUUAUUAGUAAAAGCAGGGAAUUGUUGUAUUAUCCACUUUUUUUAUAAUCCAAAUAUAUUGAUAGGAAAUAAAAGUUUUUACCUUAAGUCAUGUUUUGAUGCUUGAAUUCACUGUAUAAGUAUUAUAUUAAUAAAUUCUGUCAUCUAUGAUAAA